AAAAUGGAGAAAGGUAAGGGAAGAAAGGAGGAGAUAGUUACCAGGGAGUACACUAUCAACCUUCACAGACGCCUUCAUAGCUGCACAUUCAAGAAGAAGGCACCCAAUGCUAUCAAAGAGAUCAGGAAGUUUGCAUUGAAAGCAAUGGGAACAAAGGAUGUUAGAGUCGAUGUUAAGCUCAACAAGCAGAUAUGGAGCAGAGGAAUCCGUGGUCCUCCUAGGAGAAUCAGAGUCCGCGUUGCACGUAAGAGGAAUGAUGAUGAAGAUGCCAAGGAAGAGUUCUACUCUCUUGUCACUGUUGCUGAGAUUCCUGCUGAAGGAUUGUCUGGUUUGGGCACCAAGGUCAUUGAUGAAGAUGAGUGAGGAAAUGGUGAUUUAUUUUUGCACCUUUUUGUUUGUUGGUUAAUUGUUUAGAUGAAAGACGGAAGACUUUGAUUGUUUUUGAUCACUUACCUAUUUUGGUAAUUAUUUAUUAGAACUUCUACAUACAUCUUACAAAUUCGACUUUGAUCUUGUUAGCUUGUGAGUUCUCACAUCUCUGUUACGUUUUGUACUCGUGAAAUGGUACGGCAUUAAUUCCAAACUCGUUCCUGAGAGCUUCGGGAAGAGGGGAGUGAACUUUACUCGUGAACUUCAUGCCACGUGUUUUCACUCUGA